CAAGCCCAAACAAAAAGAAAAAGAAAGAUAAGAGAAACAAAUGCCGACUACGGCUGAGCAACGACAUGAAAACAACUCGCAACCGCUGCGCCCUCCGGAACAGUACCACCACGCUCCUAGCAGUCCGAAUCGCCGCAUACCAAGCAACACCUUCAACAAGGAAAACGACGAUGACGCCGCUGCUGCCCGGACUAGUCCUAGGGUUUCCCCCGGUACGUGGAGGUGAUGGGGGAGAGGUACACGCGACACCCUUCAGGAAGGAAAGACGGCACCCGCAGGCGUCGCCGCGUCGGUGUCGGACAAGCCGACAAGGAUUUCUCCCGACCCACACCGCCACCACCCCGAACAAUCCGAACUGCUCCACCUCCUGUCGUCCACCAGCGUACGCCACCACGGUCUUGAAGCCAUCGUCACUGUCGCUCAAAGGUCACCAACGCGAGGCCUAGAAACAGAUAAGGCGAGCGCAAGGUCGGAGAUAGCAGCAGCACAACCACGCCGGAGGGAACAACCUCCACCGCCCAAACUGGCGGUAGUCGACCGGACGUAAUAGCGAGACCAAGUCAGGCCCAAACUGGCCCGUCCAAGUACUCGCCGCCACGCUGCUACUAGCCGGAUGUGUGCCGCCGUCGCCAACCCCUGCCACCAUACCUCCGCUGCUUCCAGGAGGAUGACGUCGAGCCAGGAGCCAGAGGCCUGCCCCAGCCCAGAUCGGGCCCAGAUGGGCCCAGAUCAGGGCAGAGCGAGCGCCGCCAGCCGUCUGGCCACCCCGCUGCCCCGCUGCCAACGGCAGCGCCGCCGCGUCACCUCCCAGCCGACCUGCGGAUACCACGCCGCCGGAUCGACCGCCGCCGGCCGAAAUGUACCGCCGCCAUCGAGAGGCCGCUCGCGCCCCCUCCGCGCGACGGGUAGAGGCGGCCCCACCGGCACCGCACGGACAACGCCCGGCGGCCCACGCCGACGGCGGCGGCAGGAGAGAGCUAGGGGGAAGCUGAGGGAAGGGGGCUAGGGUUUUCGCCCGUCGCCCGGGGGGGGAGCGAGCGAAGCUGGGUAGUUUUCCGGAAAAAGGGGUUUUCUGCAGAUGGCUGCACAAAUCGUACAUUGUCUCUUGGAAUCCACUCCUUGAAACAGCAGAUGGCUGCGCUUGCGCUGAAGGGGUUGCUGCGGGGUCCCAGCUUCACGGCGGCUGGCCUCCCCGGCCGGCAGAACCCUCCUCCACAUAGCCGCUUCCGCGACCAUUGGAGCAGUGCUAUUCCGUCCCUGGCGUGGAGCAUGGGGGGCGCCAGAAGGGAUACGAAACUCAAGGCCCAGGCGGCUAAGUGGGUUCUGCAAAACGACGACUAUCUAUAUGAUGCCCAAGCAUUACAUAUCGACACACGUUUUACCCUUUCAGCGUCAUACGUCGACCUUCUCAACAGGACAUGUCAGCGGGAUUCAGUGUUAGGGAGAACAAAGAUGGAGGUAACAGAUCAGCGCAAGCGGCGCCAGGAGGCUCGUGAAAAGCGCUCAAGAGAUCUUGUAGAUGGCUUGAUAGAGUACAUAUCGUUGGACAAUGAGAACUACAAGUACGUUAUAAUUGCCAGCAAAGAGAAUGCUAAUAUGAUUAUGGAGGAGGAUUUUAUUUCGUCUUAUGCCUGAGAUGAAAUUUUAGAUGGUCUUGAAAGGAUAGAAAAGGUCAUUGAAGAUGGAAAGUUUCAGUGGAUAAAUAAUAAAGAUAUCUGAACUAAUAUCAUGGAAGCGCUUGUUGACAUAGUUGAAGGACCAGCUAAAAGGCUGGAUGCAGUAAUAAGUCAUUAUGAUCAAAUGCUAACAGUCCUAAAUUUAUGGUGCAACGACUCCAUUGAUAAAUUUGUUACUCAAAUAAAAGAACUCCAGGUUGAGCUUGUUUUGCUAGCAGUAAGAAACGAGGGAUUGGUUGUACCUUGCUUCAAUAGGAAUGCAUACUGUAUUCUACUUGGCGAUAUGUUAUUGUCGAAAGUUGAACAGCUAGAAAAUGAUGUCUCUCGGCUUCUUAGUUGCAAAAACAAGAUGGAAUCUACACGACUAACUCCUUCCCCUUCAGGAAGCAACGUUUGUUCUAUGAGCAGCUUAUGUAAUGGUUGUUUGCAUCACGUACACAACUCUAUUAUGGAUUUUGGAAAUCUGAUCGUCGGUGACAUCGCACACGAUCUUACAGAUCUUGAGAAUGACCUGCAUACAUUAAAUCUCUGGUUGACACCGAAUGAUGAAGUGACCAAAAGUUUACACCUUAUGUGGGGGCACAAGAUUGAUCUAGGUAUUAUUGAAAUACUGGGACAUUCUGGCUCUAUCUACAAUGAAGCUGCGGAUAGCAGCAAGCGGUUUUUGAAAGCCUACAAAGUUGUUCCAGAGAUGAUCAAAGCAGCUAGAGAAUUCAUAAGAAACUUGUUUUUUAAUCCUGAAAAGUUUCCGAGCUUCCCACCUAUUGGUUCCGCUGGUGAUCCAAAGCUUGCAGGUUUCCGUGCAUCGAAGGAUCUAGAGCGACUAUACGGUGGGGAAGCUGCGGUGAGGCAAGAUUUCAUAUCUCACAGCGACGAUACUGCGGGGAAGCUGCUCGAUUGGCUCCGGCGUCUUCAUCAGUUGGAGCAGAGAAGUUAGUCUAACGAACAUGUGCAGUUGCGGUGUUGGAUAUAUAUUUAUUUAUGGCUGGCCAAAUUGUUUAAGUUUUUUUCAUUGGCUAACUAAUUUUAAUCGUAAGAGUACUCAAGGUAGAACAUUGUAUUAUCUAGCGAGAACUGCUGCUAUAUCCUAUGAAUGCAAGAAUUAGUUAGCUUGGUA